ACCUAGGGGGAAGGUUAUUGUAAAGUGUCCCUGGGCAAUGUUACUCAUGUGUGAAUGGAAGGAUCUUGUUUGCAUUCAUUACAAACCCAUUAAAAGCUGGCUGGCUGAGACCUGGGCAGGACUGGUCUGAAGGUUGCAGCUGACACUUGUCCCCUUGCUGGCUCUCUGCAUCAUCUCCUUGCAGUGCACCAGAGGGAGGAGGGCUGCUGUCUGGAUCAGGGACAGGUGAAGGGCUGCCCAGCCUUCCUGGACUCCCCACCACCACCACCCACACUUUCCCAGCGCAAGCUCUUUCCAUGAAUUAGCCUGCCCAGAAACCACCUCGAUUUCGAUCCUUCUUCCUGGAUCCCAAUGGCUGAAGAGAAAACUUUUCGCCAUGGGCUCAUCGUCCUGGGAGUUUUUCUGGUGAUGAUCGGAAUGUUCAUCAUGAGUGUGGAGAAGCCCCAGAUCUACAUCACCUUUUGUACCUUGGGCGCCUUGUUCAUCGCUGCGGGGAUCAUUUGGAGCAUGUGCCAGUGCUACCCGAAGAUCAGAGUUGUUUCUGUUGAUGUGGAGUCUGAGAAGUUUCUUGUAAAGAAGACUGCUGCUUCAUCUGUUCAAAAUGUGAUUCCCGAGAAGAACAGUUCCCAGACACCUUACACCAGCCAGAAAGAAGCUGAAGUCUAUGAGAAAAGCCUGCCGUCUUACGAACAGAUCCAGACGAAAGUGGCGGGUGCAGAAUCUGUGGGUGUUCUGUCUGCCCCAGUCCCACCGGUCAGGGCAGAAGGAUGUAUCCAGCCUGUUGUACAGGCCAAGGCAGAGGUCCACAGAGAUUCGGAAAGCGAUGGAGACUCCUGCAAGGACCCGAUGUCCCAGAAGGAUGCUACAAGUGAGUCGGAAAAGUUUCCUAACCAGGCGCCGCUCGCUUCUUUCCAAGAGGAAGCGGACACCUCUUGUGUGGAAUCUACAGCCAACAGUCCAUUUCUACAGAAGUGGGAAAAUGUCUCAAAGCCUAUGUCUCCAACAGAAAGCCAGCUCAGAUUCAAACUUCCUUCCUAUGAAGAUUUUGCCCUGAUCGAUUCCCUGACGGCGGAAGGUCAAGGUCAAAGCAAUGAAAGGAUAACAGCACCUAACCAAAGCCGUUGCCCUAUUCCUGCCCCCAGAGGAGACGGGGCACUGGCUACAGUAGGGCCUGAACAACUGGAACACAGCGCUAUGCGUAAUGUAGAAGAGGAUGACAUGUACUAUGGAAUAAAAGAGGGACCAGGAGACGUCCCCUCAUCGGUUGGUGCUGUCUCUGAACCAAAGGACUAAGCAUGAAAAAUAAGGAAUGAGCCCAGGAACAUUCUCAUGGGAGUCCAAAUCCGAGGAGAUGAAAGGUUUGGUUGGGGUGGGGAGUGGCUCAGACAAUAAAAGGGAUGCCCAAGCAAUGGUAAAUUUGUCCUGCUCUCUGGGGAUUUGUAGGGAGCGAUGGAGAAUAAGGGUUAGGAGCAAAGCAGAAGAACGAAAGUUUGGCUGUCUGUUGAAGUGUCAUAAGCUGACCCUCCACUUAUGCUCAACCUGUAUAUUUGUAAAUGAAGACAAAUAUCACCAAAUCCCAUAAGCCCACUGUGGUUUUCUUCCAAAGGAAAUCAAACCUGGGUAGCACUGAACACCUAAAAGUUCUCCCCAGCCAGAGAGAUGAUUCAGAAAAACACUAUAAAGGGGAAACGAGCUCUCUAGGGAGAUAGGAGAAUGGCAGCCCUGCUGAGAACAUAUAUAUCGUCCCAAGGGGCAGAGUCAUGACUUUUCCCUGGGAGUGUGGGUGGAGGAUGCAUGACUCGCUUGAACAUCAUCUUUUGGCGAUUCUUUGCCAUUUAUGAAAGGAUACUCUACUAUAUUGGGAUGCGGGUGGCGCUGUGGUCUAAACCACAGAGCCUCUUGGGCUUGCCGAUCAGAAGGUCAGCAGUUCAAAUCCCUGCAAUGGAGUGAGCUCCCGUUGCUCUGUCCCAGCUCCUGCCAACCUAGCAGUUUGAAAGCACACCAGUGCAAGUAAAUAAAUAGGUACCGCUGCGGCUGGAAGGUAAAAGGUGUUUCCAUGCGCUGUGGUUUCUGUCAUGGUGUUCUGUUGCGCCACAUGACCCAGAAAGCUGUCUGUGGACAAAUGCUGGCCUGAAAGCAAGAUGAGCGCCAUAGCCGCCUUUGAUUCAGCUGAUUCCCUGGUGUCCCGCUGGAAUGCGGAGUUAACCAGCGCUAUUGACUGGCUCCGAAGCGCCCUCUCAGAUUGCAUGGAGCCCGGACAGCCCCGUGGUUUUCCCCGGCGCUGAGGGUGAUGAAACAGUCGUUGAGACGGCUAGAGCGCCGGUGGCGGAAAACUCAUUUUGAAUCAGACCGGACACGGGCUAGAGCUCAACUUCAAGCCUACCAAGUGGCAAUGGCGACGGCGAAGAGGACCUUCUUCACCGUCUCCAUCGCAUCUGCAGAAAACAGCAGCAGGAGACUCUUCCAGGUGGUUCGCAAUUUAGCGGAACCACCUGCUCCAUCCGGGCCCAGUACGGGCCAUAUGAUCUCCUGCAAUGAUUUUGCAAAGUUUUUUGCAGAUAAAGUCGCUCAGAUUCGGGAAGAGGUAGACUCCACCGUGGGAGCAGGGCUGGGACGGGGGAGUGCUAGAGUCCUGUCUAGUCAAGUUUUGUGGGAUCAAUUUCAAUCUGUUACCUCCGAGGAUGUGGACAGGCUGCUUAGACGAAUGAAACCAACCACCUGUCUCCUUGA